GUAUUAAUCACCCAACCACAUAUACUGCAGUUCGGUACAUGAAUUAGCAACAAUCAAUAAUUAACACAAUCACUCGACUGCUCUCUCUCCCACGAUUUCCUUUUUCCGCCGUAAGAACCAAAAAAGGCAGAAAUCGAAUCUUCUAGUUUCCGAUUUAAGCAGAGUGCUAAUCGAAGCGACUUUCUGGAGAUCUUGAAACCCGCAACACAGGCAGAGAGAAGGCGGGAGGGUAUGGAGGGAUGACGGCGGUGGGAGAUGGCGAGGGGAGGAGGAGAAUGGACCGGAGGGAUCACCGGUGGCGGAGUUCUCUCCUACAAAAGGAUCACUCUUCUCGUUUGCUUUUUCAACAUUCUCAUCGCUCUCUUUGUUCUUCGCUUUCUCUAUGCCUCUUCUCUCCACAUCUAUUCCAAUAACGAGAAUGUACACAUCAGAUGAGAUUAGGAAAAUGGAGGAAUCCAUUCGGAUUCGAAGAUCGAAAGAGCCUGUUGAGCUUGUUAGAUUGGUGAAGAAGCUGAAACAUGAUGUCGCCACUGCAGAAUCAAAUACUUAUCUGUCUCCUAAUGUAAAACACAAACUAGUUGAUGAGCUCUUGCAGCGUUUAAAAAGCUUGGAAGAGAAAUCCAAUGUCACCCAGCUCAGAGGAGCUGUAGAAACGUGGCGGAAGGAGAAGCUGAAGGAAGCUAAAGAGCUGAUUCAAGAAGAAAAUGGGAUAAAUUCCACCAUGGUACUGGAGGAAGCAGGGAUGCUUGUAAGAGCUUUGGAGUUGGAGUGGGAUGUGCUGUCUGAAGAGAUUGGUUUUUGGUUACCUGUCGAGGUUAACAAUGAAGAACACGAUGAUAAACCUGAAGGCGAGGAAGAGCCUGAGGAGGUAUUAGCAGGCAGACCAGUGCCAGCUGUAUGUAACGCAGAGCUUCACACAGAUUAUGGUGGUGCUGCAGUGAGAUGGGGGCUUACACAUCAUAAAGAGAGUGCAGCAGAUUGUUGCCAGGCUUGCUUGGACCAGGCAAAGCGUGCAAAACCUGGAGAAACGAAAUGCAACAUUUGGGUUUAUUGUCCAUCUGAGUUUGGUUGCUUUUCCCCAGAUAUUUAUGAGCAUAAACAUCAAGAAUGUUGGCUUAAAUACGCAGAGGCGCCAAAGCAUAAUUUUAAAGAUAGAUAUUCAGAGUCAUACAGGAACAACCACCCAAAAGCGCCUACUAUCGUUCCAUGGGUUUCAGUUCGCUGCUCUCGUCUCAACUUGGCUUUCGUCUCUUCAAUCUCGGAGAGAGAAGACAUAAGUGGUUUGAUUAAAUCCAGAAAGUUAUCAGUUCAAUUCGAAGAUGCCUGUGUGCCGCAACAACAAGAGACAUCUUUCCCAGUGAUGAGUCUCUCCCCAUUCAAGAGAGAUACCGGUGAACUCAUAGAAGAGUUUGUGGAGGGUAAUGAGGUUGAUCUAGAUUCCCUUCAUAAAAUAGCCCAAGAAGCGCGCAAUCAUAGGGUUAAUUCCUCGGCGAUUUCGCUGGGCGCUUGGAUUCGCAACCAGAGAGGUAUGUGGAACGGCAAUGAUGGUGUGCAUUUAGCUCCUCCUGGUACCGGCGGCUCAACUAUGCGACCGCCGUCCGCUGCUCCUCCUUCUUACACGACGCUUCCGCCGCCUUCAAAUCCGAAUCAUGCGGCGGAGUCUACUCCUGAGGAGGCGGAGGCGAAGCUCGAGGAGAAGGCCAGAAAGUGGAUGCAGCUAAAUUCGAAACGGUACGGCGACAAGAGGAAGUUUGGGUUCGUGGAAACUCAGAAGGAGGACAUGCCACCUGAGCACGUCAGGAAGCAAUAUCGGCAUGAUAAACGUGUAUACCUCGGAGCCCUUAAGUUCGUCCCUCACGCUGUUUUCAAGCUCUUGGAGAAUAUGCCUAUGCCCUGGGAGCAGGUCCGGGACGUGAAGGUCUUGUAUCACAUCACUGGGGCUAUUACAUUUGUGAACGAGAUACCAUGGGUGGUGGAACCUAUUUACAUGGCUCAGUGGGGUUCUAUGUGGAUUAUGAUGCGAAGGGAGAAAAGGGAUCGUCGUCAUUUCAAGAGAAUGCGUUUUCCACCAUUUGACGACGAGGAGCCUCCACUGGACUAUGCCGACAACUUGCUGGACGUGGAUCCUCUGGAGCCAAUUCAGCUGGAGCUAGAUGAGGAAGAAGAUUCUGCUGUUUACACUUGGUUCUACGAUCCCAAGCCCCUCGUAAAAACAAAACUGAUCAAUGGUCCCAGCUACCGGAGGUGGAAUCUCUCACUUCCAAUUAUGGCAACCCUUCACAGGCUCGCAGGCCAGCUGCUUUCUGAUCUGAUUGAUUGCAACUACUUCUACUUGUUUGACAUGCCAUCCUUCAUCACCGCAAAGGCACUGAACAUGUGCAUACCUGGAGGUCCCAAGUUUGAACCCCUGUAUCGUGAUAUCGAAAAGGGGGAUGAGGACUGGAACGAGUUUAAUGACAUCAAGAAGCUUAUCAUUCGAUCUCCUCUGCGAACCGAGUACAGGAUAGCUUUUCCCCAUUUGUACAACAAUAGGCCCAGGAAAGUGAAACUCGGUGUCUACCACACUCCCAUGGUUAUGUACAUAAAGACCGAGGAUCCUGACCUCCCCGCCUUUUAUUAUGAUCCGUUAAUCCACCCAGUGAGUAGCACUAACAAGGAUCGGCGUGAAAGGAAGGUUUAUGAUGAUGACGAGGAUGACUUUGAGUUGCCAGAAGGAGUGGAACCUUUGCUAAAAGACACCCAACUCUACACUGACACUACAGCUGCUGGCAUUUCAUUGCUGUUUGCCCCGCGACCUUUCAGUUUGAGGUCUGGGAGGACGCGUCGGGCUGAAGAUAUACCCCUUGUGGCUGAGUGGUUUAAAGAGCACUGCCCUCCCGCAUAUCCGGUUAAAGUUCGGAAGCUUUUGAAAUGUUAUGUGCUGAAUGGGGUACAUCACAGACCACCCAAAGCUCAGAAGAAAAAACACUUGUUCCGAUCACUUGCAGCUACAAAGUUCUUCCAGAGCACCGAACUCGAUUGGGUUGAAGUGGGUCUGCAAGUCUGCCGGCAAGGGUACAACAUGCUGAACCUGUUGAUUCACAGGAAGAAUUUGAACUACCUGCACCUUGAUUAUAACUUCAACGUGAAGCCUGUCAAAACGCUGACAACCAAAGAGCGGAAGAAGUCGCGUUUUGGAAAUGCUUUCCAUCUCUGCCGUGAGAUCCUCCGGCUGACAAAACUUGUUGUUGAUGCAAAUGUCCAAUUCCGACUUGGUAACGUUGAUGCCUUCCAAUUGGCCGAUGGCCUGCAAUACAUUUUCUCCCAUGUUGGCCAGUUGACGGGUAUGUAUCGAUACAAGUACAGACUGAUGAGACAGAUCAGGAUGUGCAAGGAUUUAAAACACGUGAUCUAUUACCGUUUCAAUACUGGUCCUGUGGGUAAAGGACCAGGCUGUGGGUUUUGGGCUCCGAUGUGGAGGGUUUGGUUGUUCUUCCUUCGUGGAGUAGUUCCUCUUUUGGAACGAUGGUUGGGGAAUCUUCUUGCACGCCAAUUUGAGGGUCGUCAUUCAAAAGGAGUGGCCAAAACAGUCACCAAACAGCGAGUCGAAAGCCAUUUUGACUUGGAGCUCCGAGCCGCUGUCAUGCAUGACGUCCUUGAUGCCAUGCCAGAGGGUAUCAAGCAAAAUAAAGCGAAGACGAUAUUGCAGCACCUUAGCGAGGCUUGGCGGUGCUGGAAAGCUAACAUCGCAUGGAAGGUCCCUGGGCUGCCUAUGCCAAUUGAGAAUAUGAUCCUCCGGUACGUCAAGUCUAAGGCUGAUUGGUGGACAAAUGUUGCUCACUACAACCGUGAGCGUAUCAGAAGAGGGGCUACUGUUGAUAAGACAGUUUGUAGAAAGAAUCUUGGAAGGCUGACACGUCUUUGGCUAAAGGCAGAACAGGAACGUCAGCACAAUUUUCUGAAAGAUGGUCCAUAUAUCACUAUGGAGGAAGCGGUGGCGAUUUAUACAACUACGGUUCAUUGGCUGGAAUCUAGGAAAUAUUCACCAAUUCCAUUCCCUCCAUUAUCGUACAAACACGACACAAAGUUGCUCAUCCUGGCCCUGGAGAGACUGAAGGAAUCAUAUAGUGUAGCUGUGAGGUUAAAUCAGCAGCAGCGGGAAGAACUUGGGCUAAUUGAACAAGCUUAUGACAACCCUCAUGAAGCUCUGGUGCGAAUAAAACGCCAUCUUCUCACUCAGCGUAGCUUUAAAGAAGUUGGCAUAGAGUUCAUGGAUCUAUAUAGCUAUUUGAUACCUGUGUAUGAAAUCGAGCCCCUAGAGAAAAUUACCGAUGCCUAUCUUGAUCAGUAUUUGUGGUACGAGGCCGACAAACGCCACUUGUUUCCCAACUGGAUUAAGCCUGCAGACUCAGAGCCACCACCGCUUCUGGUUUAUAAGUGGUGUCAAGGCAUCAAUAAUUUGCAAGGCAUAUGGGACACAGGUGAUGGGCAGUGUGUGGUGAUGCUCCAGACAAAGUUUGAAAAGUUCUUUGAGAAGAUUGAUUUGACGAUGUUGAACAGGCUUCUUCGUUUGGUUCUUGACCAUAGUCUUGCAGACUAUGUGACUGCCAAGAAUAACGUGGUUCUGACUUACAAGGAUAUGAGUCACACUCACACGUAUGGUCUCAUUAGGGGCCUUCAGUUUGUCUCAUUUGCUGUUCAGUUUUAUGGACUAGUGCUAGAUCUUUUGCUACUCGGUUUGACUCGAGCGACUGAAAUUGCUGGGCCGCCGCAGAUGCCCAACGAGUUUAUGACCUAUUGUGAUACAAAAGUUGAGACACGCCAUCCCAUAAGACUGUAUUCUCGGUAUAUAGACAAAGUUCAUGUAAUGUUUAAGUUUACCCACGACGAGGCUCGGGAUGUUAUUCAACGAUAUCUUGCGGAGCAUCCUGAUCCCAACAACGAAAAUAUGGUGGGGUAUAACAAUAAAAAGUGCUGGCCAAGAGAUGCAAGGAUGAGGUUGAUGAAACACGAUGUCAAUCUUGGUAGAAGUGUCUUCUGGGAUAUGAAGAACCGUCUUCCUCGGAGCGUCACAACCUUGGAGUGGGACAAUGGCUUCGUCUCUGUGUACAGCAAGGAUAACCCUAACCUGCUUUUCAGCAUGUGUGGAUUUGAUGUUCGCAUACUUCCAAAAAUCAGGAUGACCCAAGAAGCUUUCAGCAACAUUACGGAUGGUGUCUGGAAUCUGCAGAAUGAACAGACUAAAGAGAGGACUGCAGUGGCUUUUCUGCGGGUUGAUGAUGAACAUCAGAAGGUGUUUGAGAAUCGUGUGAGGCAGAUUCUUAUGUCGUCAGGGUCGACCACAUUUACCAAAAUAGUCAAUAAAUGGAACACAGCUUUGAUAGGCCUCAUGACUUACUUCCGGGAAGCCACUGUGCAUACGCAAGAGCUCUUGGAUCUCCUGGUUAAAUGUGAAAAUAAAAUCCAGACAAGGAUCAAGAUUGGGUUGAAUUCUAAGAUGCCUAGUCGAUUUCCUCCUGUUAUCUUCUACACUCCAAAGGAAAUUGGCGGGCUUGAGAUGUUGUCUAUGGGUCACAUUUUGAUCCCACAAAGUGACCUUCGGCACAGCAAGCAAACAGAUGUUGGUGUAACCCACUUCAGGAGUGGCAUGAGCCACGAGGAGGAUCAGCUGAUACCUAAUCUUUACCGUUACAUACAGCCAUGGGAAAGCGAGUUCAUUGAUUCACAGCGGGUGUGGGCAGAAUAUGCUUUAAAGAGGCAAGAAGCACAGGCCCAGAAUAGACGUCUCACGCUGGAGGAUCUGGAAGACUCCUGGGAUAGAGGAAUCCCGCGCAUUAAUACGCUGUUUCAGAAAGAUAGGCACACGUUAGCAUAUGAUAAAGGUUGGAGGGUCCGUACGGACUUCAAGCAGUACCAAGUCCUGAAACAAAAUCCUUUCUGGUGGACGCACCAGAGACAUGAUGGGAAGCUGUGGAACUUGAACAAUUACAGAACGGAUGUCAUCCAAGCUCUUGGAGGUGUUGAGGGUAUACUUGAGCACACGUUGUUCAAGGGAACAUACUUCCCGACAUGGGAAGGUCUUUUUUGGGAGAAGGCAUCCGGUUUUGAGGAGUCUAUGAAAUACAAGAAGCUGACAAAUGCGCAGAGGUCUGGUCUAAACCAGAUUCCGAAUAGAAGGUUCACGCUCUGGUGGUCGCCAACAAUCAAUCGAGCGAAUUUGGAUCUGACAGGAAUUUUUAUGCACGGGAAGAUUCCUACUCUUAAGAUAUCUUUGAUUCAGAUUUUCCGUGCCCAUCUGUGGCAAAAGAUCCACGAGAGUGUUGUUAUGGAUCUGUGCCAAGUGCUGGACCAAGAGUUGGACGCUUUGGAGAUUGAAACUGUACAGAAGGAGACGAUUCAUCCACGGAAGAGUUACAAGAUGAAUAGCUCUUGUGCUGACGUUCUUCUAUUUGCUGCCCAUAAAUGGCCAAUGUCCAAGCCUAGUCUGGUGGCAGAGUCAAAGGAUGUGUUUGAUCAGAAAGCGAGUAACAAGUACUGGAUAGAUGUGCAACUCCGAUGGGGAGAUUACGACUCCCAUGACAUUGAACGCUAUACUAGAGCCAAAUUCAUGGAUUACACAACUGACAACAUGUCGAUCUAUCCAUCUCCAACGGGUGUGAUGAUUGGGCUUGAUUUGGCCUACAACCUGCAUUCGGCCUUUGGUAAUUGGUUCCCUGGUUCAAAACCUCUGCUUGCUCAAGCAAUGAACAAGAUCAUGAAGUCAAACCCGGCUCUGUACGUGUUGCGAGAGAGGAUAAGGAAAGGUUUGCAGUUGUACUCGUCUGAGCCUACAGAGCCAUAUUUGUCAUCUCAAAACUAUGGCGAGAUAUUCAGCAAUCAGAUCAUAUGGUUUGUUGAUGAUACCAAUGUCUACCGUGUCACGAUCCACAAGACAUUUGAAGGAAAUCUAACGACUAAACCAAUUAAUGGUGCGAUUUUUAUUUUCAACCCAAGGACAGGGCAGCUAUUCCUGAAGGUUAUCCAUACAAGCGUUUGGGCUGGUCAAAAGCGUCUUGGUCAGCUAGCGAAAUGGAAAACUGCUGAAGAGGUUGCUGCACUCGUGAGGUCUCUCCCUGUUGAAGAACAGCCAAAACAAGUUGUUGUGACUCGCAAAGGAAUGCUGGAUCCCCUUGAGGUUCACCUGCUGGAUUUCCCAAACAUAGUUAUAAAGGGAAGCGAACUGCAGCUUCCGUUCCAGGCUUGCCUUAAGAUAGAGAAAUUUGGUGAUCUGAUUCUGAAGGCCACAGAGCCGCAGAUGGUCCUCUUCAAUAUCUAUGAUGAUUGGUUGAAGAGCAUUUCUUCGUACACGGCCUUUUCGAGACUCAUCCUCAUCCUUCGUGCUCUUCAUGUAAACAACGAGAAGGCGAAGAUGUUAUUGAAGCCAGACAAGUCCGUCGUCACUGAGCCGCAUCACAUCUGGCCCUCUCUCACUGACGACCAGUGGAUGAAGGUGGAGGUUGCUCUUAGAGAUCUCAUCCUUUCGGACUACGCGAAGAAGAACAACGUGAAUACGUCAGCUCUGACACAGUCGGAGAUCAGGGAUAUAAUACUUGGAGCUGAAAUUACUCCACCGUCUCAGCAGAGGCAACAGAUAGCUGAGAUUGAGAAACAGGCAAAGGAAGCGAGCCAGCUUAAUGCAGUCACGGUGAAAACCACAAAUGUUCAUGGCGAUGAGCUGAUUACCACCAACGUUAGUCCGUACGAACAGGCUGCAUUCUGUUCCAAAACAGACUGGCGUGUACGCGCAAUUUCAGCUAGCAACCUCUACCUCAGGGUCAAUCACAUUUACGUGAACUCAGAUGACAUAAAGGUAACCGGGUACACCUACAUUAUGCCAAAGAACAUCUUGAAGAAGUUCAUAUGUGUAGCGGAUCUUCGUACUCAGAUCGCUGGGUAUCUAUAUGGGACAAGUCCGCCGGAUAAUCCCCAAGUGAAGGAAAUCCGUUGCGUUGUGAUGGUGCCGCAGUCGGGAAGUCACCAGGAAGUUCACCUGCCGUCUUCUCUUCCGGAGCAUGGUUUCUUGGAGGAUAUGGAGCCCCUGGGAUGGAUGCACACACAGCCUAACGAGCUUCCCCAGUUGUCACCACAGGAUGUGAUCUCUCACUCCCGUAUUCUGGAGAACAACAAGCAAUGGGACGGAGAAAAGUGCAUCAUCUUGACAUGCAGUUUCACUCCGGGCUCCUGCUCUCUGACGUCAUAUAAGCUGACGCAAGCCGGAUAUGAAUGGGGACGGCAGAGGAAGGAUACAGACAGCUAUCUCCACGGUUACCUUCCCACCCACUACGAGAAGGUUCAAAUGCUCUUAAGUGACCGCUUCCUUGGGUUCUACAUGGUUCCCGAGGACGGGCCCUGGAACUUGAACUUCAUGGGAGUGAAGCUCACAACGAGCAUGAAUUACAGCCUGAAACUCGGAAGCCCAAAGGAGUUCUAUCACCAAGACCAUCGACCCACUCAUUUCCUCGAGUUCAGCAAUAUGGAGGAGGAUGGUGACCUUGCCCAGGGAGAUCGCGAGGACACUUUUGUUUAAUCAUCUCGUGCUCGUUGUCGUUUUUGACCAAGUGUUGAUGGCCACUUUUUCCACGAGUUUCUGACGGGAUGUUCUCAAAAUUGGAGUUGGUUCUAUUGUAUAUUACUUGUAAAGCUUACAAAGGAACAUUUAACAGACUUUAACAAUGAAUAGUCUACUCAAAGUCUGUUUUGUAUUUAAGGGCUUUGACUAGAUAGUCUAAACAUUGCAGUGGAUAUAUAAUAAUAUGAUAAAAGACCAAUCAUCACGAAACAAGAAGAUGAUGGGUGCGAUGAGCUUACACGCUUUGUGUCGAUCAAAUGUUUGUCUCCUGGUUCUGACAGUG